AUUUGCCUCGUUGGGACGUAUUUCAUUUAGAUGUCAAAUUUAAUUAGUUUAGCAAAAAUAAAUUUUCGCAAAAUAUUCAAAACAUACCUUCAUUUUGUAUUUUGUGCAGACUUGUUUCGGGGAUUGUCUAUUCUAUAUUGAAAGAGAAUGUGAAAAGUACUUUAUGCGUCAUAAACAGCCAUUAAAGAAGGAAAUAAAAUAGAAAAAUCAUUGUUUGACUGAAAUAGAUAUCAAUUACAUCUAGCCGUUCUAGAAACAUACCAACGAAUGCCCCGUGAUACAAAAAACAUAGAAAAUUCUUUUAAAACCGCAUUUACCAUAAGAGUCAUUAAAAACAACGUGAGCGAUAACGUGAAAUGGCUAUUUAUUGCUGGGGCAACACGGCACACGGGGAACUUGGCUUGGGGGGCAUUGAAGAUGAACAGAUUUUAACACCGCGCAAAAUGGUGUGGAGCCCACCGAACUCCUGUGUAAAACAAGUAAGCUGCGGUCGCUGGCAUACAUUAUUUUUAACAUCCACUGGCAAAGUGUAUUCUUGUGGAAGCAACGAUAACGGCCAGUUGGGACAUGAACUGCCAACGAAAAGGCCACGUAUGUCGCUAUCUAUAUUUAAAUUGAUUGAAGAAUUGGAAAACUAUGUUAUAACCCGUUUGAGCUGUGGUGCCCGCCAUUCGUUGGCGUUAAGUGAGUGGGGUCAACUUUUUAGUUGGGGCCAUAAUGACUAUGGUCAACUUGGUUUAUCUAAUGGUCAGGACGUGAUAACGCAACCGAAAAUCGUCCGUAACCUGGUUUCAAAAACAGUGGUACAAAUAGCAUGCGGAAAUAAUCACAGUUUGGCUUUGACAAGUUGCGGAGAGCUUUAUUCAUGGGGCUCAAAUAUCUAUGGACAACUUGGAGUAGGUUCCCCCAGUGAUGUCGUGCACUCGAAUACACCACGCCUGGUAUCGGCGCUUAAUGGAAUACCAAUAGCUUUUAUAGCGUGCGGGGGUAAUCAUGCAUUUGUGAUAUCAAAAUCUGGGGCUGUGUUCGGUUGGGGAAGAAAUGAUUGUGGCCAACUAGGUCUUAAUGACUAUGUCAACAGAUGUUACCCCACUCAGCUGAAAACAUUGCGUAGUUUGGGUGUACGUUAUAUCACGUGCGGUGAUGAGUUUUCAGUUUUCUUAACCAAUGAUGGUGGCGUAUUUACUUGUGGUUCCGGCAGAUAUGGUCAAUUGGGGCAUGGUGGAAAUUCCAAUGAAGUUCUGCCCCGUAUGGUAGUGGAACUCAUGGGUAGUACUGUAACACAAAUAGCUUGUGGUACCAGACAUACAUUGGCAUUGGUACCAUCUCGCGGGCGAGUGUAUGGCUUUGGUUUAGGAUGUGCUGGUCAGUUGGGUAUACGGGUAAACAAUAGUUCCCCGACACCACAAGUGGUACUAGGACCAUGGGUUUCCCCCAGUGGACAAUCUCUUAUACCUAAUAUAGAGGACAAUAACGACAACAAUUGCUAUAUAAUAAAGCAGAUAUUUUGUGGAGGUGAUCAUUCACUAGUCACGUGUACUUUUUAUGAAGAUAAAAUUCCGGCCGUAGACUGUCGAUUAUACGACGAAAAUACCCAAGUCCUUACAUUAACUGAAGAAACCGCUAAAAAAUGUGCAAAUAUCGAACGGGAUAGUAUAAUGGAUAUGGACUUGUUGACUUUAGUUGAACUUAUAUUUAAAAGCCAAGCUUGUUUGAACGGUUCGUUUUUAUUAGAAGACGAUCAGCAUUUUUGUUGCACCUCUAAACACCAUGGUGUAAACUUAACAACGGCCGUUAAUGCAUUUAAUUACUUACGUAAAGUUGAACAUGAAACCCUGAAGACAUUGAUUUGGGAAAAGAUAACAAACGAUUUAUUAAGUUCUCUGGUAUCAUCACCUGCCGAUGUUGAAACAUUGCGUAUAUUCCUCAUACUACCACUCUACCAUGAGUUCGUUAACGCUAAAAAUUAUGAAAAACUACAUACUCUCUUCAGCAAUGCGGUGAUUAAAUUAAAUGAAAUUCCACGAAAAAUUGUGGCAAAAUGGUGGUCACAAACGCCGAUUGACUGGUUUGAGCAUUUGGUUUCAAGCUACAAAAAUGUCAUAGCAUACAUUAUUAGUUUCAAAAUGCCGCCAAAUAUGGGUAGUGGAUCAGAGAAACGGCUUGUAACAUAUAACAGUAAUUUGAUAGCUGCCUUAAACAUUAUUGUUUUUCUCCAUGGAAUAAACAACAAAGAACGCAAGAACAAAUUAAACUACGAAGCUUUCCAUUGGCCUGAACUAUCUGAUUUUGUUGAUGUCCAACAAAACUAUAUUCAUUGGUUGUUUGAUAAAACGCCGGAUGCAUUUAACAUUUGUAAUUAUCCAAUGCUUUUUAACGCUGCAGCAAAGACAACACUGCUUCAAACGGAUCAAGCCAUUCAAAUGCAUCACGCAAUGAAUGCGGCAACUUCUAAUAGUAUAUUAAGUUUACUAACAGGUCAACCCAUUCAACAAUUCAUUGUUUUAAACGUAUCAAGGGAAAAUUUAGUGCAAGACACAUUGCGAGAAAUAAUGCAGUACAAUGAAAGUGAUCUUAAAAAGCCACUUAAGGUUAAAUUUUGUGGCGAAGAAGCAGAGGAUGCUGGUGGUGUGCGAAAGGAAUUUUUCAUGUUACUUUUAAAGGAUCUCAUUGACCCGAAAUAUGGAAUGUUUAAGGAAUAUGAAGAUUCAAGAGCAGUAUGGUUUGCUGAUGUCACAUUCGAAACGGAUAAUAUGUACUUUUUAAUUGGUAUAAUUUGUGGCUUAGCUAUUUACAAUUUUACCAUAAUCAAUUUGCCGUUUCCAUUGGCUCUAUACAAAAAGCUUUUGGAUGAAAAAGUUGAUUUGAGUGAUCUGCGUGAGUUGUCGCCGACCUUGGCUAACUCUAUGCAACAAAUACUCGAUUAUGAUGGCGAUGAUUUUGAGGAAACAUUUGAUUUGCAUUUUGAAAUAUCAAGAGAUAUUUUCGGGGAAAGCACUAGCGAGCCGUUAAAACCGAAUGGAUCAGAAAUAAGUGUAACAAAGGAGAACAGGCAAGAAUUUGUUGAUUUAUAUGUAGAUUUCAUAUUCAAUAAAGCUGUGUGUGACAAAUUUAAGGCGUUCCAGAAAGGUUUUAUGAAGGUAUGUUGGGGUCGGGUCUUAAAGAUUUUCCGACCCGAAGAACUAAUGGCCAUGGUUGUGGGCAAUGAGGAAUACGAUUGGAAGGCUUUGGAACUAAAUUGUGAAUACAAAAAUGGUUACUCAGUUAGCGACGAUACGAUUAAAUGGUUUUGGGAAACUUUUCAUGAAAUGACUCUUGCUGACAAAAAGAAAUUCUUGUUAUAUCUAACAGGGAGCGAUCGCAUUCCAAUACAAGGAAUGAAAGCCAUAAAAAUCAUAAUACAACCAACCAAUGAUGACAAGUUUUUACCGGUAGCUCAUACCUGUUUCAAUCUUCUUGACCUGCCCAGAUAUAAAACAAAGGAACGCUUAAAAUACAAGUUAAUGCAAGCCAUACAACAAACUCAGGGUUUCAGUCUUGUAUAAUCAGUCCAGGAUUAUACGGAAUUUGUUGUGGUCAAAAACUAUGUUAUCUCAUUAAAGGUUUUUUUUCACUCAACGCUGAUUUUAUUUAGUUUCAUAAGAAUAGCAUGUUAAAUCAUUAUUAGUUAAUUUUGGCGAUUCGUUUUGCUGUAUAAUCAAUUGUUAAAAUAUGUGAGUUCAAUCAUAUUACACUAACACAUUCAUUCAUAUUUAUAAAGACAACUCACAUUGAAAUGCCUUGUACACAGAUUAAAUGGAAACAUGACUGAUACUAAAAAUUAUAAUGGAAAUAAAUUUAAUUGGAUUUAA